GAACAAAGAGAAGAAGAGAGAGGUACAACUGCGAGCCAACUGUCCAAUCUGAGAUAAUUUGACUCUAGUGAGCGGACCGAGGAGACGGAGAAAAUGGAGGGAUCGUUUCAGGAGCAUCCAUACGUACCCAGAGAUCUAAAGCUUCCUGGUUUCGUGCCUCUUUCACUCUCUCAGUCCACCAUUGUUGGCGUAUAUGGCAUCUCUUCCCUGCUCGUCGUCUCUCUCGUCUGGCUUUUCUCCGAGAAUUUGGACGUGAUUUUAUCAGAUCUCUAUUUCUACUUCUUAGCAUCAUACGGCUUUGCAAGUACAAUACUGAACUAUGGGAGAUCGCUCAAAAAUUCCAAUAUUGACCGAUGGCUAAUGUGCUGGUGGGCUUUCACAGGCCUAACCCAUAUCAUUCUUGAGGGUUAUUUUGCUUUCUCUCCUGAGUUUUACCAGGACAAAACUGCUAAUUACCUGGCCGAAGUCUGGAAAGAAUACAGCAAAGGCGAUUCAAGAUAUGCAGCAAGGGAUGCAGGAACCGUUGUUGUUGAAGGUCUAACUGCAGUUUUUGAGGGUCCAGCUAGCCUUUUAGCAGUGUAUGCAAUAGCUACAAGAAAGUCAUAUAGCUAUAUACUACAGUUCGCCAUUUCUCUGGGCCAGCUUUAUGGAACUGCUGUAUAUUUCCUAACUGCUUAUUUGGAAGGUGAUAACUUUGCUGCAAGCCCAUAUUACUACUAUGCAUACUAUAUUGGAGCGAAUGCCUCAUGGGUUGUGAUACCCACACUCAUUUCCAUCCGCUGUUGGAAGAAGAUCUGUGCCGCAAUCCAGGUCCAAGGCCAGAAAAAAACAAAAGCCCGCUGAGGUGGUUUUGAUGUUUUGUACACUGGAGGAAAAGCCAGAUUGGUGCUAAAAGUAUGCACACUGGAGGAAAUAAGCUACUUAGAUUAGAAUCUUGGAUUCUCUUGUAUUCUUGGAAUGAAUAUUUUGACUAAAGGUUGUAAUAAGCUGUUUUGUAAUGUUGCAUCCAAUUGGAAUGAAUAUUAAGACUCAAUAAUUUACCAGAUGACUUAAUCCAAGGAUUGUUAUUUGAUGGCA